CCCAAAAUCUCCCAUCCCACCUUCUGAUUCCUCCUCCUCCUCCUCCUCCUCCUCCUCCUUUUUUUCUUUGUUUUUUUUUUCCCCUAUAUUAGUACUGUAUAUUAAUAAUUCUUUUUCUUUUCUCUCUCUCUCUCUCUCUCUCUUCUUCUUUUUGACCCCAGGAAGAAAGGGGAUCACCACAUCAGCGACGCCCUUGCCCCCAGAAUAAAUGGAAGUAGCUGCGGCGGCGGCGCGGGGGGUCUCCUUCUUGUCGGCCCCACCCCCUCUUUCAUCCUCCUCCUCCCGCUCUCCUCUCCCUCUCCUCUGCCGCAGCAGCAGCAGCAGCAGCAGCAGCAAUCUCGCCAUUAAUGCUGGUGCCGGUGCGAAUAAUAACAAUGGCAAUAAUUACAACAACACCCCCCUAUCUGGAUCUCUCUAUCCUCAGAGGAGGCGACAGCAUCUGCGGCUAUUGAAUGCCGCGGCGGUGGUCUCCACCACCACCACCACCACCACCACCACCACCACGAUGCCGGCUCCGCUCGUGCACCCCUCCUCAUCGUCAUCGUCAUCGCAGCAUCCCCCCACAUCAUUUAAGGAGUUGAUAGAGACUCUGAUCGGGGGAUCGGAUCUGUCGGAAGAGGCGGCGGAGGAGUCGCUGGAUCUGCUUCUCCGCGGGGGCAACGAGGCCCUCAUCAGCGCCUUCCUCGUCCUCCUCCGAGCCAAAGGAGAGACCUACGAAGAGAUUGUGGGAUUGGCGAGGGCCAUGAUCAAGCGGUGCACGGCCGUGCAGGGUCUUGAGGACGCGGUGGAUAUUGUGGGCACGGGAGGGGACGGCGCCGACACGGUAAACAUCUCCACCGGCGCUUGCGUCCUGGCCGCCGCCGCCGGCGCGAGAGUCGCGAAGCAAGGGAAUCGGUCGAGCUCCUCUGCUUGCGGAAGUGCAGAUGUGUUGGAGGCAUUGGGCAUCAAUAUCGAUCUGGGCCCUGAGGAAGUGAAAAGGUGUGUGAAGGAGACAAACAUUGGUUUCAUGAUGGCUCCAUACUAUCACCCUGCAAUGAAAAUCGUUAGUCCCGUGAGAAAAAAGCUUAAAGUAAAGACAGUGUUUAAUAUACUCGGCCCAAUGCUCAAUCCAGCGCAGGUCCCUUUUGCUGUUGUUGGUGUUUAUAAUGAAGACAUUGUUAUGAAAAUGGCCAAAGCAUUGCAAAGAUUUGGGACAAAAAGAGCAUUAGUCGUUCAUUCAAAGGGACUGGAUGAGAUCAGCCCGCUUGGACCUGGAUAUCUCCUGGAUGUUACUCCUGAAAAGAUUGAAAGAUUGCACUUUGAUCCAUUGGACUUCGGUAUCCCUCGGUGCUCUCUAGAAAGUCUGAAAGGGGGAGGUCCUGAGUUCAAUGCAAAAGUACUUAGGGAUGUCCUCUCUGGUGAGAAGGGGCCAAUUGCAGAUGCUUUUGUUUUAAAUACGGCGGCUGCUCUGCUUGUGAGUGGUCAUGUGAGCAGUUUUGCUGAAGGUGUGGCACUUGCGCAAGAGACGCAACAAUCUGGAAAAGCCAUAGGGACGCUACAAUCUUGGAUGGAGCUCUCGAAUAGACUCGAAUAAGGGACUCCAUGAGGUUAACGUCAGAUAAGAAGACUAGGAAGUCACGACAUAACGGUAUCAGGAGCUGGUUGUCCAGCUUGGACCGAGAAACAGAAGGCCCUGUUGUUUCUUUCAUUUAAGGGUUUAGGGUUGAUCCACGUCUCGUGAAACAUUUCUGCACAGCCCAAAUGUUUUUAACUGUUUACAUUCUGGACGGUCCACCCGAGCUGGAAUCUGUACGUGUUUUAAACUGUUUGUUACUCUGAGACUUGCACUUUCUCUCCGUCCCUCCCCCGUUGUGUUAUUGAACAGUGGUCGGCAACGUAAAAAGCUUAAUAUGUUAAUGCAAUUUCCUCGCUCGUAUUAUAAUA